UUAUGACGGUGGAGUGGGUAGCGCUCGACUAUAAGCUACGAAUGCAAAGAAAGGGAGCAAGGGCUAGGAAGGAGCAACGUCCCAGCUAUACAGGCAUUCAUAAAUUUUUCCUAUACCUCAGAAGAAAAUGAGUUCGUCAAGUCUUGCAGUAAGAGUGGAAACUUGGCUUUCAUCUACAUGGCAUGUCAAAGUUCCAGUACCAUGGCUACAAGCCUGUAUUGACUGGAUUCAACAGGAAAGUGGCCUUAGCUGUUUGACUCAGGCUUAUAUUAACAAGCAAGUUUUUGAGCAGUGGCUUCUUACAGAUCUCAGAGAUCUUGACUAUCCUGUUCUGCCAGACUCUAUUUUAAAAACUCCAAAAGGAGAACUGAAAGGCUUUUAUUCCAUACAGAUGGAUUCUCUUGUUGAUGUGAGUCAGCCUGCUUAUUCACAGCUGCAAAAGAUAAGAGGGAAAAAUACUGUAAAUGAAGAAAUAACUGCCAAUACGCAAGGAACCCAGAAGUCCUGGGAAACAAAGCCUACUCGAAUGCUGAUGUUGAAACUGACUGAUGGCAUAAAUCACAUUCAGGGUAUGGAAUACCACUCUGUUCCUGUUCUCCACACCAGCCUGCCUCCAGGCACCAAAAUUAUGAUACAGGGGAAAGUGGAGUAUCGUUUAGGAGUUCUUCUGCUUAAACCAGAAAAUGUGAGACUGUUGGGAGGUGAAGUAGAUAGCCUUAUGGAGGAGUUUGCUGAGGAAAGAGUUCUUGCUAAUCUGAUUGGGGAAGAAGAUGCUCCUAAUGCUGUCAGAUCUAUUACUGGAGACCCUUCCAGACCUGUUGCUGAAGUAGGCCAAGUCCUAGGACCUUCUGAUGAAGAGCUUCUGGAAAGUCUAGAAGAACAUGAUGAGCUAAUGUUAAAUGAGGCCCCUCUUGAAAGUGGAUAUUGCAGCAGAAGUACCAGUUCAAAUUCUACUACAUAUUCUCUUCUUCCCAACAAUGCAAGCUGCUCAGAGCAAGGCUCUGCAAUCGUCAUUGCAGCCAAUGAUCAACCCGCAGUUCCAGUUUUAGAAUACAUGGAAGAUUUAGAUGAAUUUCCUUUGGAUGAUGAUUUACUUUUAGUAGAAGAGAUCCAAGAACAGCCACAAGCAUUCAGUAGAAAUGCAGGCGCAGAUAAUCAGCCUAGCAGGGCAGAUAAAUCUGUUAAAAGAGGAAUGAGUGAUGUAUUUGAUAAUGCAUCAGGUGAUUCUUCUAUAAAUCUGGAUGACUGUUCAACCAAUAAGUUUGUACAUGAGAGAAACAGUAAAACCGAUGUAAUUAGAAACAAAGAAAAGUCCUCCAAUAACUCUAACAAUAAAGUAACUGACACUAAUGCAAAACCUAAUCAGUAUUAUGACUUUGCACAGACCUGCAGAAUAAAGGAUAAAUAUCUCCAAGUUGAUUUAGAUACACCUCCUUUUACAUACAUUUCUGUACUAUUAAAUAACAAGCCCAAGAUUAUUACCAAUGUGAAAGUUAAAGCCUUUAUAGUAACCCUUACAGGAAAACUCUCAAGCAGCAGUGGCUUAUGGAGUGUAACAGCAAAAAUAUCUGAUGGUACUGCUUAUUUGGAAGUUGACUUUGCUAAUGAAAUUCUAACAAGCUUGAUUGGGUUUUCAGUACCUGAAAUGAAGCAAAUGAAGAAGGAUCCUCUCUUACACACAAAACUUAAGGAGGGUUUACAGAAUUGCCAGAGAGAACUAAUAGACCUCUGUUGUUUGAUGACUAUUGAAUUCAAUCCCUUUCAGGCAAAGGCAACUGUAAUAGUUUUGCAAGAUAUCAAUGCAAAUGACUUGAAUAAUUUAAAAAGCCGCCUAAAUAUAUUUAGUAUUUAAGCGACAGAUUUGGCUGCAUUCCCAUGGAUAGAUCAACAGUUACAAGGUCACAUAACUUUUUGGCUGUUUUUUUAAAUUCAGAAAGCAGUGAUAAUAUUUCCAUAUUGAAACAUUUAGUUGAACUUUUCAUUAUUUAAAAUGUGUUCUGUGUUAGGAAAGGUUUUUUAAGUAUCUAAAAUAUUUGGAACUCAAGAUUACUAUAAUAAGUGGGAAUCUUAACAUAAAGGAAUUCAGUCCUAACACUUCAUUCUUCUGUAGAAUUAUUGAAAAUAAAUAGUAAUUAGUAGUAGGAAUGAAUAAGUCAUAGUUCUAUUUGUGAUAUUUUUUUCUCCUACUUUCAAGGUAUUUGUAACUAAUGUCUU